UCGAGUGAUCAUUUUUGCAGGUAUCACACUCAGUGCACGCCCUUUAAGACUUGACCUUCGAAACAGACAGUUCCCCGCACAUCAACCGUCGAGUUCUUGUUACACCAAGUCGAGUCCGUGACCAACCAACCAACCAAGCCAAGAUGAUCCAAGGCAAGAUGAUGAGGUCCCGCGACUGCGUGCGAAACGACCCCUACUUCUCCCUCCUCCACUUGGCCCAGUUCGCCCUUGCCAUCACCGUUUGCGCCCUCUACGGCAUCGACAUCGACCGCGCUCGCAAGGCCAGAGUCUACCCCAGCGACGAAUGGAUCUACGCCGUAAUUGUUGGCGGUUUCUCUGCCGCGACCGUCGUUCUGUACUACUUUGCCUCUCUUCGCCGGUCCACCUUCGUCUGGGUGUCCCACUUGGUGCUCUUAGUCAUGUGGGCCGUGCUCUUGGGCAUCUUUGCCAAGAUGUUCAUCAACGUAGAUCCCCACGGAAAUGACGACCUACAACGCAUGAAGAAUGCCCUGUGGGUGGUGUUCGCGAGCACUGCUCUCUGGUUCAUUGGCUUCUUGGCGUAUUUCAUCAACUGGCGCCGUCACAGGUACUACUAGAGUCGUUUCGCCAGCCGGGUUUUGGGCGCCGGGUAGGGGGCUCGGGA